UGACGAAGCGACGCGGAGAAUAUUUGAUCUGUAAAUUUCUUCACAACCUAUCUAGCUGCGGUUUUCUGUGUUGAAUUAGAAAAGUUAUCAUGUAUGAGAAUGAGGAUGAUCAUUUCGAGGAGGAGGAUCCGGAGGAGAUCUCACACGAGCUGUGGCAGGAAGCGUGUUGGAUCGUGAUUAAUGCGUAUUUUGACGAGAAAGGGCUGGUGCGCCAGCAGCUGGAUAGCUUCGACGAGUUUAUCCAGAUGUCGGUGCAGCGCAUCGUGGAGGACUCUCCGGCUAUCGAACUGACCGCCGAAGCGCAGCACUCAUCGGGCGAAGUGGAAAAUCCGACCCGCUAUUUGCUCAAGUUCGAUCAGAUCUACCUAUCGAAGCCAACGCACUGGGAAAAGGACGGUUCGCCCUCGCCAAUGAUGCCGAACGAAGCCAGGCUCCGCAAUCUAACUUACUCCGCACCGCUGUACGUGGACAUCACCAAAACGAAGCUGGUGGAGGGCCAGGAUCCCGUAGAAACGCAGCACCAAAAAACGUUCAUCGGCAAAAUCCCCAUCAUGUUGCGCUCGACCUAUUGCCUGCUUUCGCAGCUAACCGAUCGCGAUCUGACGGAGCUCAACGAGUGCCCGCUCGAUCCGGGCGGUUACUUUAUCAUCAACGGUUCGGAAAAGGUUUUGAUCGCCCAGGAAAAGAUGGCCACCAACACGGUGUACGUGUUUAGCAUGAAGGACGGCAAGUACGCGUACAAAACAGAGAUCCGUUCGUGUCUCGAGCACAGCUCUCGGCCAACGUCCACCCUGUGGGUGAACAUGAUGGCGCGCGGCGGUCAAAGCAUCAAAAAGUCCGCCAUCGGACAGCGUGUGAUUGCGAUCUUGCCCUACGUGAAGCAGGAGAUACCGAUCAUGAUCGUGUUCCGUGCGCUUGGGUUCGUGGCGGAUCGCGAUAUUCUGGAGCACAUCAUCUACGACUUUGACGAUCCCGAAAUGAUGGAAAUGGUGAAACCAUCGCUCGAUGAAGCGUUUGUGGUGCAGGAGCAAAAUGUGGCGCUCAACUUUAUCGGAGCCCGAGGAGCGCGCCCGGGUGUCACGAAGGACAAGCGUAUCAAGUACGCGAAGGAAAUUUUACAAAAAGAAAUGCUGCCCCACGUUGGCGUGUCGGACUUUUGCGAGACGAAGAAAGCAUACUUCCUCGGCUAUAUGGUGCACCGGUUGCUGCUUGCGGCCCUGGGACGCCGCGAGCUGGACGAUCGUGAUCACUACGGAAACAAGCGAUUGGACCUGGCUGGUCCACUGUUGGCCUUUCUGUUCCGCGGUCUGUUCAAGAACCUGAUGAAAGAGGUACGCAUGUAUGCACAGAAGUUCAUCGAUCGCGGAAAGGACUUUAAUCUGGAGCUGGCAAUCAAGACGAAAAUCAUCACGGACGGUUUGCGCUAUUCGCUCGCUACCGGCAACUGGGGUGAUCAGAAGAAGGCCCAUCAAGCCAGGGCCGGAGUGUCGCAAGUGUUGAACCGUCUAACGUUUGCUUCGACACUCAGCCAUUUGCGGCGUGUCAAUUCCCCGAUCGGUCGUGACGGUAAGCUGGCAAAGCCGCGCCAGCUACACAACACACUGUGGGGCAUGAUCUGUCCCGCCGAAACGCCCGAAGGUGCUGCCGUCGGACUGGUAAAGAAUCUGGCCCUGAUGGCAUACAUUUCCGUCGGUUCGCAGCCUUCCCCAAUCCUUGAGUUUCUCGAGGAGUGGUCCAUGGAGAACCUGGAAGAGAUAGCCCCGUCUGCGAUUGCAGAUGCGACGAAGAUUUUUGUCAACGGCUGUUGGGUCGGCAUUCAUCGUGAUCCCGAGCAGCUGAUGGCUACGCUGCGCAAACUACGCCGUCAAAUGGACAUCAUCGUGUCGGAGGUGUCCAUGAUUCGGGAUAUUCGUGAUCGUGAGAUUCGUAUCUACACCGACGCCGGGCGUAUUUGUCGUCCGUUGCUGAUCGUCGAAAACGGCAGCUUGUUGCUGCGAAAGCACCACAUUGAUAUGCUAAAAGACCGCGACUACAACAACUACGGCUGGCAGGUACUGGUGGCGUCCGGUGUCGUUGAGUAUAUCGACACACUCGAAGAGGAAACGGUCAUGAUCGCGAUGACCCCGUACGACCUGAAGCAGGACAAGGAGUACGCCUACUGUACGACCUACACGCACUGCGAAAUUCACCCGGCCAUGAUUCUGGGUGUGUGUGCCUCGAUCAUUCCGUUCCCGGAUCACAACCAGAGCCCACGUAACACCUACCAGAGUGCCAUGGGCAAGCAAGCGAUGGGCGUUUACAUAACAAACUUCCACGUGCGCAUGGACACACUGGCGCACGUGCUGUACUAUCCGAUGAAACCGCUCGUGACGACGCGGUCCAUGGAGUAUCUUCGAUUCCGAGAGCUACCGGCGGGUAUCAACUCAAUCGUUGCUAUCCUCUGCUAUACCGGCUACAAUCAGGAAGACAGUGUCAUUCUGAACGCGUCCGCCGUCGAGAGGGGCUUCUUCCGGUCGGUGUUCUACCGUUCGUACAAGGACUCGGAAAGCAAACGGAUCGGCGAUCAGGAGGAGCAGUUUGAGAAACCGAACCGUCAGACUUGCCAGGGUAUGCGAAACGCACUGUACGAUAAACUGGACGAGGACGGGAUCAUAGCGCCAGGGCUGCGAGUAUCGGGAGACGACGUGGUCAUUGGAAAGACGAUUACGCUGCCCGAAACGGACGACGAUCUGGACGGUACAACCAAGCGGUACACGAAACGGGAUGGGUCAACUUUCUUGCGCAACUCCGAGACCGGCAUUGUCGAUCAGGUGAUGUUGACGCUGAACAGUGAGGGUUACAAGUUUUGCAAGAUUCGCGUUCGCUCGGUGCGCAUACCUCAGAUUGGUGAUAAGUUUGCGUCGCGCCACGGACAGAAGGGUACGUGUGGGAUCCAGUACCGACAGGAGGAUAUGCCGUUCACGUGCGAAGGCAUCACGCCCGAUAUCAUCAUUAACCCGCACGCUAUUCCGUCGCGUAUGACCAUUGGCCAUCUGAUCGAGUGCAUCCAGGGAAAGUUGGGAUCGAACAAGGGCGAAAUCGGUGACGCAACGCCAUUCAACGACGCGGUGAACGUGCAAAAGAUUUCCACCUUCCUACAGGAGUACGGCUACCACCUGCGAGGCAACGAGGUCAUGUACAACGGGCACACGGGCCGAAAGAUUAACGCACAAGUAUUUCUGGGCCCGACCUACUACCAACGCUUGAAGCACAUGGUGGACGAUAAGAUUCACUCCCGGGCUCGAGGACCCGUCCAGAUUCUCGUGCGCCAGCCAAUGGAAGGACGUGCGCGAGAUGGAGGCUUGCGUUUCGGUGAGAUGGAGCGUGAUUGUCAAAUCUCGCACGGAGCGGCACAGUUCCUACGCGAACGCUUGUUCGAGGUGUCCGAUCCUUACCGGAUUCACGUGUGCAACUUUUGCGGUUUGAUAGCAAUCGCCAACCUGCGCAACAACACCUUCGAGUGUAAAGGCUGCAAAAACAAAACACAGAUAUCCCAGGUAAAGCUACCGUACGCAGCGAAGCUACUAUUCCAGGAACUAAUGGCAAUGAACAUUGCUCCCCGGCUGAUGGUGCUGUAGGGAUCUAUUAACUGUAACUUUUAAGUGUAUCUAACUCUGAAU